GACCGGAGCUGUGGCUUUCAUGAGAGUCGCUCUUUUCUUCCAAUAAGGCGGCGUUUCGAUUUCCAGAAUCCCUCGCGGAUGGAUCGCAACGUGGAGAUGUUCAUGACCAUCGAGAAAUCCCUGGUGCAGAACAACUGCCUGGCCCGGCCCAACAUCUUCCUGCACCAGGAGAUUGAGCCCAAGCUGCUGAGCAAGCUGAAGGACAUCGUCAAGAGGCACCAGGGCACGGUGACCGAGGACAAGAGCAACGCGUCCCACGUCGUCUGCCCCGUCCCCGGGAACCUGGAGGAAGAGGAGUGGGUCCGGCCGGUCAUGAAGCGAGACAAGCAGGUCCUGCUGCACUGGGGCUACUACCCCGACAGCUACGACACCUGGAUCCCGGCCAACGAGAUCGAGGCCUCCGUGGAGGACGCCCCCACGCCGGAGAAGCCCCGGAAGGUCCAUGCCAAGUGGAUCCUGGACACGGACACCUUCAACGAGUGGAUGAACGAGGAGGACUACGAGGUGACCGACGAGAAGAGCCCCGUCGCCCGCAGGAAGAAGAUCUCGGCCAAGACGCUGACGGAUGAGGUCAGGGCGGCGGCUGCCCCCCCCCCCCCCCGGGGGACACAGGGGGGGGGGGCUCUGUCCUGGGGGGG